CUUUCAUUUUCUGGCAGUAUUUAUUUGAUCAGUCUCGAUUGUCAACCUGUCAUCUUGUAUUGUUCCGCCUUCGUCUUGUGACCUAUUUACAUAUCACUGAAACUUAAUAACCUAGUAAUUACGACGCGACUUCAUUUCAAUGAACCAAAACUUACAAAUCGAACGUGAGUCAGGUCCUGGCUUUAAAGGAUAGGGGGUAGAGAAUUCGCCGAUCUCGCAGAGAAUAACAACACAUCAGGACAAGAAUUCAAGAGCUAUGAUGCAGUUUUCAAUUUGGACGAUUGUUCUUCUUUUAUCCCAAGCCGCAUUUCAAUGUACCGCGGCUGUCAAACCUGUUGCUGUUGAGUGCAAUCCACCAGUCCUCUCGACUGUGGCAGUGGACGAACCGCACCACAGAUAUUAUCCAUAUUUCAUACGACUCCACCGGUGCGAGGGCUCGUACGGGUACGAAAGCCCCAACAUCAAGAAAUGUGUGGUCACAGAGAGUAGGGAGGUUACAUUUUCGGUCUAUGAUACUACCAAUAGACUAUCGACACAAAUAAGACUCCAGAAUCACACGAAAUGUGGCCCUGAGUGCAAGGCAAGUCCUCUCGAUUGUGAUUUAAAAGUGCAGGAAUGGAACGACGAAAGCUGCCAAUGCAAAUGUUUAUAUCCACGUUCGCCUCCGCCUGACGAUGUCGUGAAACCAAAAAAGGGCUUUGGGUGGAAUAACCAUCUCUGUCGAUAUGAAUGCAACACACAUGAACGUUGUCCGCUUGAAAAGAAGUGGAAUAAGAAGAAAUGUUCCUGUGUUUGCACAUCAUUUUAUGAACAUCAUUGUAAGGCUGAAAACAAGUUGAUGGAUCCUAAAACAUGUGCAUGUAAAGAUCCAAUGAAAUCAACAGCACCACAACCUGGGUUCAUGACCUAUGUAGAAUCCAAAGUCCUUGCUGUUUUUCUUGCUCUUGCAAUAGUAGUGAUUAUAUGUUUAAUUACCUACCUUUGGUACCGCUCAGCUUAUUCUACAUUUGGAUCCUCUGGAAAACUGAAUGAGUCAACCAGUAGUGCUGAAUCUGUUGGUCAGGGCUGUGAAAAUGCUGGUGUUUGGGUUGAAACAGCAGUCUAACAAACCUCUUCAAGUAUAAACAACUUAAGAUGGCUUUUCUUCUGCAAUUAGCGUUUUUUAGAACCAAAAUACCUAAGUUUUAACUCUAAUUUUAAUUUUAUACCAAAUUGUACUACUGAUACUUUGAGUAUUAGCUGGUCGUAAUUGAAACUUAGAACAUCAUUCUCAUAUUUUUUUAUGAAGGUUAAGUUCUGAAAAUUGCCAGGCAUGGAGAAACUAACAUAAUUUUUCUCAAGGAUGCCCCUUUGUGGUCCCAUGCACCUAGUGAGUACCACUGGUAUACAGGCAGUAAAGGUGGGAAUAUAAAGCACAACUGCCAACACUCAACCCACCAAUUUGUUUAGAUUAAUAACUGAGCUGUAGGAUCCCUACCCUUUCUCUGCCUCAACUUUUGAAACUUGAAAUUAGGAGCAUCCUUGUGGAGACCAUUACAGAAAGUAUCCCCUCAGCAUACUCUAGAUAAUUUAGUUGUUCCUAGUAUAUGUCAUCAAAUAAUUGUCAGUGGGAUAAGUAAUGGGUGAUAUCAAUAAGGACAUUUUACAUUAGUAAGUAAUUGAUUGGUAUACUUGACUGCCAGUUCUCCUCUUUUCUGUGAAAAGAAAUCUGUAGUGUUUCGUAAAGCACGUUAACAAAGUAACCCAACUUUUGGGAUGUCAGGAUGAUAAAAGUAUCAUUAUCCAAUUUAGUUUUCUUAGUAAUAAAACUCAGUUCUUCUCUAAUUGCCUUG